AUGGGUCCUCACAUCUGGCCGGGCUUACCACGGGCUAACGGCGAGGGCCAGAGGAGGAGAGGGGGGGGAGGGGGGAGCUUCUCCUCCCUCUGGUCCUCUGUCUCCUCCCUCUGGUCCUCUGCUCCCUCUGGUCCUCUGUCCCCUCCCUCUGGUCCUCAGUCUCCUCCAUCUGGUCCUCUGUCUCCUCCCUCUGGUCCUCUGCUCCCUCUGGUCCUCAGUCCCCUCCCUCUGGUCCUCAGUCUCCUCCCUCUGGUCCUCUGUCUCCUCCCUCUGGUCCUCUGCUCCCUCUGGUUCUCUGUCCCCUCCCUCUGGUCCUCAGUCUCCUCCAUCUGGUCCUCUGUCUCCUCCCUCUGGUCCUCUGCUCCCUCUGGUCCUCUGUCCCCUCCCUCUGGUCCUCAGUCUCCUCCCUCUGGUCCUCUGUCCCCUCCCUCUUGUCUUCUGUCUCCUUCCUCUGGUCCUCUGUAUCCUCCCUCUGGUCCUCUGUCGCCUCCCUCUGGUCCUCUGUACCCUCCCUCUGGUCCUCUGUCUCCUCCCUCUGGUCCUCUGUCUCCUCCCUCUGGUCCUCAGUCUCCUCCCUCUGGUCCUCUGUCUCCUCCCUCUGGUCCUCUGUCUCCUCCCUCUGGUCCUCAGUCUCCUCCCUCUGGUCUUCUGUCUCCUUUCUCUGGUCCUAUGUCCCCUCCCUCUUGUCUUCUGUCUCCUCCCUCUGGUCCUCAGUCUCCUCCCUCUGGUCCUCUGUCUCCUCCCUCUGGUCCUCUGUCUCCUCCCUCUGGUCCUCAGUCUCCUCCCUCUGGUCCUCUGUCUCCUCCCUCUGGUCCUCUGUCUCCUCCCUCUGGUCCUCUGUAUCCUCCCUCUGGUCUUCUGUCUCCUUCCUCUGGUCCUCUGUCUCCUCCCUCUGGGCCUCUGUCUCCUCCCUCUGGUCCUCUGUCUUCUCCCUCUGGUCAUCUGUCCCCUCCCUCUGGUCCUCUGUCCCCUCCCUCUGUCCCUAUAGUAAAUAUUCUCGUGACCACUCUAAAGAGCCAAAAUGACCAUAAAUAA